AUGGACGGUGACGGGACGAGAAAUGCAUUCGGUGAUGAGGAUAUGUUCGAGUCGACGUCCGAUACUGCCGCCCCAGCAAUGGUGCACGUGGAGCAGUCCAGUCGUGGCACAAUAAAACAUCCAGGCAAACAUUUUCUCGUUUCGCUUAGGCCUCUCGCAUUCCUCACUUCCUCCCAGUUCAUCAAAUGCUUCAUUCUUUGUCGUAGUUAUUAG